AUGGAUACGUUACGCAUCAUCAUCGUCACCUUGGCUCUCAUGGCCGCCGUUUCCACAGUCGCCGGUCACAAUAUCACCGAUAUCCUAUCGGAGUAUCCUGAAUACAGCGUCUUCAACAGCUACCUCAGUCAAACAAAACUCGCCGACGAGAUCAACAGCCGUCAAACGAUCACCGUUCUCGUGUUUAACAACAGCGUCCUGGCGAAAUUCUUAUCCAAUGAUACGCUUUCCGUCGUUAAAAUCGUCUUAAGCAUCCAUGUUCUAUUGGAUUAUUUUGAUAUGCAGAAGCUUAAGACGAUCGGCGGCGGUACCGUGAUUACGACGACUUUGUAUCAGACUACCGGAAAUGCCAUCGGCAGUACCGGAUUUGUUAAUAUAACGGAUUUGAAUGGCGGUAAGGUCGGAUUUGGAUCGGCGGCUCCUGGAUCCAAGCUUGACUCGUUGUUUAUCAAAUCCGUGAAGCAGAUUCCUUAUAACAUAUCCGUUGUGGAAAUUGAUUUACCGAUCAUUCCGCUGGGGAUUUUGACCGGAGGAGCUCCGUCGGGUGUUAAUAUUAGUAGUUUGUUGGAGACGGCAGGAUGUAAGACGUUCGCGAAAUUGAUUACGGAUACCGGAGUGUUGAAGAUAUACGAGACGGUGUCGACGAAGGGGCUUACGGUGUUCGCGCCGUCGGACGCGGCGUUUAAGGCCGGUGGAUUACCAAAUCUGAACAAAUUGACGAACGCUGAGCUUGUUUCGAUGUUACUUUUUCAUGCGUGUUCGAAUUACAUUCCUAGAGGUUCUUUGAAGACGGAGAAGAAUCCGAUCCAUACGCUCGCGACGACCACCGCCGGAAAAUUUGAAUUGACAGUUCAAACCAAUGGAGAUUCCGUUACGCUCGUAUCCGGAGUCGAUUCGUCGCGUGUUGAAAGCACGGCUCUCGAUUCAGUGCCGCUAUCCAUCUUCAAAAUCCAGAAUGUUCUUCUCCCGACCGAGUUAUUCACCAAGUCGCCGCCUUCUGUCCCUGCUCCGGCACCGGAAACUUCGACUCCCUCCGCACCUACGCCGGCAUCUGCUCCUAGAACGAUUGCGUCGUCACCCGCACCUGUCAAUGCAACCUCACCAGUCCGUUCUCCUCCGUCUCCUUCAACUCCUCCAACUGCUCCAACUCCUCCAACUCCUUCAAUUUCAUCUCCCAUUGAUGCUCCUGCUCCGGCUGAAAACCCCGCCGCCGACACGGGAAAAAGCAACGCCGGUGAUGGGAUCAAAGUUCCAGGGCUCUUCGUAGCCCUAGUUACAGCAUCAAUUUCGGGUAUUAUCUCAUCCAUUGCUGCUUAA